AUGCAUACCCGUUUGAAUUGCUUGACGAUAGUGAUUCCGCUCAUAUCCGCUUGCAGCCAUUUGUCACUAGAUCCUGGAAACGCAUCUUAUGGUUUGGUUGAAGACGUCAGAUCAAAAAGAAGUUCAACUUGGGACUGGAUACGGAUCGAGUUGAUUUACGACAAGUCUGUGAACGAACUUACAACAUUACGACAAACUACAUUGAAGCGACUGAUAUCGCAGGCAAGAGAUUACUUUGAGGACACUAUCAAAGUCGAGCGAGUACGAAAGCUUCAACUUUGGCCGGAAUGCGCAGGCCAAAUGUGGAAAAAGGAUAACAAAGGAGAAGUAACAAUUGUAUGCGAAAAGUAUUGCAGACCUUCUUGUGGGACUGCAACAGCGCCUAUGGGUACAGCUAUAUUUACGCCAUGCAGUUGCCAUCAUGGGAAUUGUCCGUCUGAUUUUGAUGAUUACAUAGGAACCAUUACGCAUACAGACUUCGUUCUUUUCGUGGCUAUAAGACAUGGCAUCUGCGCAAAGAACACGCUUGCAUAUGCCGCCCGAUGCAGUCUACAUCCCAUUACUCAUAGGCCAAUAUCUGGAUACGUAAACGUAUGUCCUGAUGCGUUUGAUGCUAUGCAAAAGAAUGAAAUGUCAAGAUGGUUGUCCACUAUUAAGCACGAACUUAUACACGCUUUCGUUUUUUCCACAUCACACUACAGAAAUUUUAUCGGUGCAAAGCCUGAAGUGCAGAAAACACCAAUUCCAAUUGUGCCAGGGGUGAUAGAAAAGUUUACCAGAACUGACUGGGAAGUUGCUCAAGGGAAUAUCCCUCAUGACGUGUACAUGAUUGUCACUCCGAAAGUCCGACAAGAAGCACGGAAUCAUUUUGCUUGUCCUACACUUGAAGGGGCUGAGGUAGAGAAUCAAGGCGGUAGCGGCACGAGAGGUGCACACUGGGAGAAAAGAGUUUUUGAGAAUGAAGCGAUGUCAGGCGUCGCAACACAGGUCUAUGCAGUUUCCCGUUUGACAUUGGCACUUUUUGAGGACUCUGGAUGGUAUCAAGUAAACUAUGACAAAGCCGAAGAUAUGUCUUGGGGCAAAGGCCUUGGUUGUGAUUUUGCAAAGAAAAGCUGUUUAACAUGGAUGAGAAGCCGGCAAGAUCCGUAUCCGUUUUGUACACAAGAAUUUGAUAUGAGAUGUAGCGAGGAUCGCAAAUCCAAAGUGAGCUGUAACUUGGUGUCGCCAAAAUUUGCCAGAAUACCGAUUGAUUACAACUAUAACAUUCCAAGUCUUUAUACUGAUGAUAACGGUGGAAGAAUAGUUGCACUUGGUCAAGAAGAAGUUGCUGAUUAUUGUCCCUAUUAUCGAGUUUUCGGUGAAGUAGCGAAAGAAGCAACAGACACUCGUUGCACUUAUGCGGGAAAUAUGUACUACAACAACUAUUCACUAGAAAUCUUUUCUCGUUCUGCUCGUUGUUUUUCGCUUGAUGGAGGAAUCAAAGUCAGCAAAAAAUUGAAGAAAACCACUUACAAUCAUAAAGUUGGUUGCUAUGAGACUGUUUGCAAAGAGGAUCGUUUAUACGUAAAAAUGCAAAGUUCAAAGUUUUAUCCUUGUUACUAUGCUGGCCAAUUUAUACAUGUGGAAAAGCGUAUCCCGAAGCUCGGUAAAGUGACUACUAGAAUAAUUUGUCCACCUUGUAAAGACAUUUGUGGUGAAAAAUGUGCACCUGACAAGAAACAUAAUGAAAAAAUCGGAGACUAUAGAAAGAUUUCAACAAGCUUAGCCAUCUUUUUUAGCUUCAUAGUGCUACUGAUGUUUUUUUUAUAGCGAUCAAGUGUUGGGAAUAAAGGGCGAG